UGCUGCUGGUGGAUCAAAAACUAACGAAUGUUGUUUGUCAGCUGACCAGAAAUAAAGUUUGCUGUGAAAUGGAUUAAUGUGUCGCUGUUUAACACUUCUGUAGACAGAAGUAACGGACAAGGAGUCUCCAACAGUGAGCAUCACAGGAUCCAAACAGUCGGAGUGAUCUCUACCAGCUACAGCUCAGAGACCUCUCCAGAAUAUGGCUUCACAAUAGACACAGUCUUGCUUUUCCUUUCUGGACAAGCAAAAUUAAAACUGUCUGUUUAACACUUCUGGUCUUAGUGUUUUUCACUGCCUUCCCUUUUCUCUGGUGUCUUUACUUUGUGAAGAUCCUGUGUUCUGUAUGUGAAAAUGGACGGUGCAGAGCAUGUGCAUCCCAGUCUCAACUCCUCCUAUGUUCCGACUGUUCUUGGAAACCACCAUAUAUCUGAAGAUGAGGACAGCGAGGACCAGAGUCCAUCUGCAUCACUGCUGCCCAAACAUUCCUCUGUGCCUCUGGCUGUGCGCUACAGUCCAGAGGACUCUUAUAAUCUGGUGUACAUCAUCUUCUUUCUGAUGGGCAUCGGCUCCCUGCUGCCCUGGAACUUCUUCAUAACAGCCAAAGAAUACUGGCUCUACAAACUGAGUAACAACAGUCAUCUAACCAGCAAUGAGGAGCAACGGUCAGACCUCAGUGACUACUUUGAAAGUUAUCUGGCCAUUGCCUCCACCAUACCCUCUGUGCUGUGUCUGAUACUCAACUACGUCCUAGUUAACAGGUUGUCACCAAAUGUGCGGAUUCUGUCGUCUCUUUUUGUCAUCCUGUUGGUGUUUGUGGUGACCACGGUGCUGGUGAAAGUGGACACGUCAGACAGCAGGAUGGGGUUCUUCAUCGGCACGCUGGCCAGCGUUGCUGUCGUCAGUGGAGCCUCAAACCUCUUCUCUGGCAGUGUGUUCGGGAUCAGUGGACAUUUCCCCAUGAGGGUUUCUCAGGCCCUUAUAUCAGGCCAAGCCAUGGGAGGCACCCUGAGUGCAGUAGCAUCAAUAGCAGACUUGGCAUUUGCUAAAGAUGUGACAGACAGUGCUGUGGCCUAUUUCCUGACAGCGGACAUCUUCAUCCUGCUCUGCAUCAUUGCAUAUUUGCUGCUGCCUAAGCUGGAAUAUUCAAGACACUACAUGCUGGCAGCAACAUGCACCAAUCCAGGAGUGAGGAGUGAGGAGGGAGCAACAGGCACAGGGAGCAGAGUCUUAGUGCCACCGCUGCAGCCUAUCCUCAGAAAGACGUGGGUGCUCGGCCUGAGCGUCUUCUACGUCUUCUGCAUCUCCAUCAUGGUGUUCCCUGCAGUUUCCUCAGGGAUCCAGUCUGUCCACAAAGACAGCGGCAGCCCCUGGACAACCACUUACUUUGCGCCAAUCACCAGUUUCCUCCUGUACAAUGUAGCAGACUUUUGUGGCAGGCAGGCCACAGCCUGGCUGCAGGUUCCUGGUCCCACCAGCCGAGUCCUGCCUACACUGGUGCUGUGUCGCUCUGUCAUGGUGCCACUUCUCAUGCUCUGUAACUACCAGCCGAGGGACCACCUCCACACUGUGCUUUUCACCCAUGAUGUGUACCCUGUGGUCUUUACCUGCCUGCUGGGCCUCUCUAACGGCUAUCUAGGGACUCUGCCAAUGAUAUAUGGCCCUAAGGUGGUACCUCGGGAACUGGCAGAGGCCACAGGAGUAGUCAUGUCCUUCUUCCUCACUCUGGGACUGGCUGUUGGGUCUGCUUUCUCUGUGCUUAUCGUGCACUGCAUCUGACCAGGCUGUUAAGCAAUAACCUAGUCGGGUUAUAGUCAAGCUAUACAACAGAGAGUAGCUGGACAGGUGUCAGUGCACCCGUGUGUUUUUCUUUUCGUUCACC